CUCCGCCUGAGGUGUGAGAGAAGCGGUGACCACGGCGCUGGCUGCUGGGACACGGGAACAUGAUGAUCUCUGGAGCAAAGGCGCUGAGAAGGGACCCUGGCGGCGCUGGGUCGUGCGAGCCAGUAGCGGGCUGAAACGUAGAGGCCAGAGCCAGGUCUUAGGGGGCACCAAAGGCGAUCGGAGGUGAUCCCCACACCCCUUCCUCCUGAAAGUCAGGCUGGCCGGGAGCUCCCGUAUCCAGGACGGUUGGUCGCCUCUGGCCUGGCAGGUCUCCUAGUGUCUCGGGACCUCCCGGUGACGCGCCUGCCUCCCCUGCUGCACCAUAGCCCCGGGAGUACGGCGUCCCCAUCGCUCGGACCGGCAGGCGCUCGUGAAAUGUUUGUCAAGUGGAUAAAUGACCAUGGCCAUGGUCUCCGUGGGAGGUGAGGAAACUGAAAGCCACCAAGGCAAAGGGGGGCGCUCCUUAAGAAGUGCCGCGGUCACGUGUACGUUUCAAAAGAAGGGCGUGACUGAGUAGGGAGGGGACCGCGGAAACCCUCAAACCCUGGACUGUAAGGGGAUGAGGGGCCGUGAAGGGGAACCCAGGAAACUGAGUCCUGAAAGCAAGGAGGAGCUUCCAGAAUGAAGGGCGCCAUCACGCCUCCCUGCCUUUGCUCAAGCGGUUCCUUCACCCCGAUCAAGUUCUUUCCCAUUUCUCCACCUGUGGGGAUCCUGAACGUGCACCUCCUCAGAGAAGCCCUCCUUGGGUCUCCAGUUCUAGUUUAUUGCUCCCUCCUAUCGAUUCCCCAGCACGCUCAUCGGGCCUGUGGACAAGGACCGGUUUGAGGAGAGGAUUCUCUGGAUCGCGGAGGGACUACAGAAGCCGCGCAGCCCCUUCCCAGGAUGCCAAAGGGGCCUGGGCAGAAGGGAAGUGGCCGUGCCCGGGCCUGCCUGCCACUAGAUCCCCACCCACCUAUGACUGCUCAGUCCUGCUGUCCUGCUCUCCUACCAGACCCACCUUUCCUUGGCCCAAGCCAGCGCACCCCGCCCACUCCCUGCCCAGUCCAAACUCCGAGGCUGGGCGAGGCACUGAUCCACGGCUGGAACGACCUGGGGCAGCCUCUGGGUGAACAGCAGCGUGACCGCCGGCAGAGAACCGAGACCAGCGAGCCGACCAUGAGGCUGCACCGACUUCGCGCGCGGCUGAGCGCGGUGGCCUGUGGGCUCCUGCUGCUUCUAGUCCACGGCCAGGGUGAGGCUCCCGCGGAGGGGCGACAGAGACUGGGCUCAGAUCUGCCAAAUGCUGCGGAGGCAGAACCUGACAGUGCGGGGAGGGAAGGUGCCUGAGAGGUAGGAGCUGGUGGAGAUGACAGCGUGGAACUCGUGAGCCCUACGCGACGCCUCCCCGCCGCCCAAGAUGGAGUCUCACUCUGUCACCCAGGCUCACUGCAGCAUCCAUCUCCAGGGUUCAAGGGAUCCUCAUGCCUCAGCCUCCCAAGCGGCUUUAAUUACAGGCACACACCACCACACGCCAGGACUCUACCAGUCCCAUCCGGACCACACACACGGGGCAGGUGGUGGGGAGUCUUGUCCAUGUCAAGGGCGCCGAUGCCGGGGUCCAUACCUUCCUGGGAAUUCCCUUUGCCAAGCCACCUCUAGGUCUGCUGCGAUUUGCACCGCCUGAGCCCCCUGAAUCUUGGAGUGGUGUGAGGGAUGGAACCACCCAUCCGGCUGUGUGUCUGCAGGACCUCACCACAAUGGAUUCAGAGGUUCAGAACCAAGUCAAUGUGACCAUCCCUUCCAUCUCCAUGUCCGAGGACUGCCUGUACCUCAGCAUCUACACGCCGGCCCAUAGCCAUGAAGGCUCUAACCUGCCGGUGAUGGUGUGGAUCCACGGUGGUGGGCUUGCUUUUGGCAUGGCUUCCAUGUAUGAUGGUUCCAUGCUGGCCGCCUUGGAGGACGUGGUGGUGGUCACCAUCCAGUACCGCCUGGGUGUCCUGGGCUUCUUCAGCACUGGAGACAAACAUGCAACCGGCAACUGGGGCUAUCUGGACCAAGUGGCCGCACUACGCUGGGUCCGGCAGAAUAUCGCCCACUUUGGAGGCAACCCUGACCGUGUCACCAUUUUUGGCGAGUCUGCAGGUGGCACGAGUGUAUCUUCACUUGUUUUGUCCCCUAUAUCCCAAGGACUCUUCCAUGGGGCCAUCAUGGAGAGUGGCGUGGCCCUCCUGCCUGGCCUCAUUGCCAGCUCGGCUGAUGUCAUCUCCAUGGUGGUGGCCAAUCUGUCUGCCUGUGACCACGUUGACUCUGAGGCCCUGGUGGGCUGCCUGCGGGGCAAGAGUAAAGAGGAGAUUCUUGCAAUUAACAAGCCUUUCGACAUGAUGAUCCCCGGAGUGGUGGAUGGGAUCUUCCUGCCCAGGCACCCCCAGGAGCUGCUGGCCUCUGCCGACUUUCAACAUGUUCCCAGCAUCAUUGGUGUCAACAAUGAUGAAUUCGGCUGGAUUAUCCCCAAGGUCACAAGUAUCUAUGACACCCAGAAGGAAAUGCACAGAGAGGCCUCCCAGGCUGCUCUGCAGGAAAUGUUAAGGCUAAUGAUGUUGCCUCCUACAUUUGGUGACCUGCUGAUGGAGGAGUACAUUGAGGACAAUGGGGAUCCCAAGACCCUCCAAGCUCAGUUCCAGGAGUUGAUGGCGGACUCCAUGUUUGUGAUCCCUGCACUCCAAGUAGCACAUUUUCAGUGUUCCCGGGCCCCUGUGUACUUCUACGAGUUCCAGCAUCAGCCGAGCUGGCUCAAGAACAUCAGGCCGCCGCACGUGAAGGCAGACCAUGGUGAUGAACUUCCUUUUGUUUUUGGAACUUUCUUCUGGGGCAACUACGUUAAAUUCACUGAGGAGGAGGAGCGGCUAAGCAGGAAGAUGAUGAAGUACUGGGCCAACUUUGCUCGUAACGGGAACCCCAACGGCGAGGGUCUGCUACACUGGCCGCUGUUCGACCAGGAGGAGCAAUACCUGCAGCUGAACCUACAGCCUGCGGUGGGCCGGGCUCUGAAGGCCCACAGGCUCCAGUUCUGGAAGAAGGUGCUGCCCCAGAAGAUCCAGGAGCUCAAGGAGCCUGAAGAGAGACACACAGAGCUGUAGCUCCCUGUGCCGGGGAGGAGGGGGUGGGUUCGCUGACAGGCGAGGGUCAGCCUGCUGUGCCCACACACACCCACUAAGGAGAAAGAAGUUGAUUCCUUCAUUCACUUAGCCAUUCAUUCAUUCUUGCAUCCAUCCAUUCAGAAAGCAUUUAUGAAGAACUUACUCAGGCAUGAUGGCUCAUACCUGUAAUCCCAGCUAUUGGGAAGGCUGAGAUGGGAGGAUGGCUUGAGUUCAGAGAUUUGAGACCAGCCAGGGCAACACAGUGAGACCCCUUCUCAAAAAAAAAAAAAAAAAAAAAAAAAAAGAGA